AUGGCUGAGCUUUAUCCGUCACUGGCCCAGUGCGCCAUUGUAGCUGCUGCCUUUAAGGUGCUGCUGUUUCCGGCAUACAAAUCGACCGAUUUCGAGGUGCAUCGCAACUGGCUGGCCAUUACACAUUCUCUCCCGGUCAAGGAAUGGUACUACGAGAAAACAUCCGAAUGGACCCUCGAUUACCCCCCGUUCUUUGCGGCCUUUGAAUGGCUGAUGUCGCAGGCUGCCGCGCUUGUGGAUCCUGCCAUGGUUAUUGUGAAAAACUUGGGAUAUGAUUCCUGGCAGACCGUCUACUUCCAAAGGACGACCGUGAUCCUGACGGAGCUAGUCCUCGUCUAUGCGCUGAGCAGAUUCAUCAAAUCUUCUCCUCUCGCAAAUAAACAGGCGGCACAUAUUGCCAGCCUCUCGAUCCUCCUUUCCCCGGGCCUCUUGAUCAUCGACCACAUCCACUUCCAGUACAAUGGAUUCAUGUAUGGCAUCUUGAUUCUGUCGCUUGUUCUGGCUCGCAAGCAACUCCUUGCCAGUGGCUUCUUAUUUGCUGCCCUGCUUUGCUUCAAGCAUAUCUACCUCUACCUUUCGCUGGCCUACUUCGUCUACCUCCUCCGCGCCUACUGCUUGGACCCUAAGAACGUUCUACGCCCACGAUUCUUGAACAUCAUCAAGCUUGGCAUCUGCGUGGUGGGCGUCUUCGGCAUUGCCUUUGGGCCGUUCGCCGAUCAGAUUCUCCAGUUGAAGGAUAGGCUGUUCCCGUUCUCUCGAGGACUGUGCCAUGCAUACUGGGCACCUAAUUUCUGGGCCAUGUACUCAUUUGCGGAUCGCGCUUUGAUUCCCCUGGCUCCUCGUCUUGGUCUGCCGGUCAACCGCGAGGCCCUCCAAAGCGUUACACGAGGCCUUGUUGGAGAUACCUCCUUCGCUAUUCUUCCCGAGGUGACCAAGGAGCAGACAUUCCUCCUGACCUUUAUCUUCCAGCUGGUGCCUUUGGUGAAACUUUGGCUUCGUCCAGACUGGGACACUUUCAUCGGAGCGAUUACUCUCUGCGGCUACGCCUCAUUCCUCUUCGGCUGGCACGUCCACGAGAAAGCCGUCCUCUUGAUCAUCAUUCCUUUCAGCUUGAUUGCUCUGAAGGACCGUCGCCACUUCUCUGCUUUCCGGCCACUCGCAGUUGCAGGACACGUCUCUCUUUUCCCGCUGCUGUUUACACCCGCCGAGUUCCCUCUGAAGACCGUCUAUACUAUCUUCUGGCUCAUCCUAUUCCUCUUCAUUUUCGACCGCAUCGCGCCAGUCCCAGAACGCCCACGGGUAUUCCUCUUCGAUCGCUUCUCUUCGCUGUACUUGACCUUAUCGAUUCCUCUUGUCCUGUAUAGCUCGCUGCUUCAUCACUUGAUCUUCGGAUCACAGCGGCUGCAAUUCCUGCCAUUGAUGUUUAUGAGUAGUUACUCUGCACUUGGGGUGGUAGGAAGCUGGGUUGGAUUUAUGGUAGUAUACUUUACUACAUGA